AUGCUCACAUCCACAAUGAUACCUUUGAUACUGGACGCUCUUCUUGAUAACUCCACUUCAACUCUUUCAACAACACAGUCUCCUAUCAGCAUCGAAGUGUUGGACUAUGUAAAACGAGUAAAAAGUAUCUAUCACUGGCUCAUUCCAAUGAUGAUUAUUAUUCUUCUGAUAGCAAUAAUUGGAAAUGGAUUGAUAGUCAUCUCUGCUAAAUGGUUGUCAUCCCCUGUGUCUCCAUACUUGAAACUGUGUAUUUCACUCGCAGCAGCUGAUACUUGGGCAGCUUUUUUGUUGAUUCUUGGAUUGAUAGUCAAUUCGUAUCUACCCGUGAUAUGGGGUUAUCAGAAGAACUCGAUGUGUUUUGAAGCACUUUUGGAAAUGUUUCGUAUAUCGGGAAUGCUGACUUCGGAUAUGCACUUAUUCGCAUUAGCAAUUAAUCAAUUCUUUGGAACAAUGUAUCCAUUGAAGUAUAAGAUAAUGAUAACAACUCGUCGAACUCGUUUCAUCAUUUUCUGUCUCUGGACGAUUCCAUUAAUGUUUGUUUUCGGAUGGUUCAUUGCUCAACCAGACGAUGGAUUGAGACAUCCGACAUGCAGUUUCACAUUCUACAAUCGGUUUCCUUUCCGAAUCACAAUUUUCUUGAUCUUCAUGCUCCCACUGAUCUCAACUCUCAUUAUUUAUGGAUGCAUUCUUGUCAAACUUCUCAAAGCGAAAGUGGAAUUCGAAACGUAUUGUAACGAUCAGCAAAUAGAAAUAAGUCAGAAUAACAACUACAAUAAAAAUAACAAAACACCAGCAACAAGAAGUUACAGUACUCGAUCCACAAAUGUAUACUCAAAACUGAAAUUAGUGUGGACAACUCUUCUUAUCGUAUCCACAUUCUCCUUAUCAUGGGGACUUUGUGUUUUAUAUUUCGUCAUGGUUUGUGCGGAUGGAUGCAUUAUCAUUUAUCGACAGAAUAUCGGACUGUAUAUGAGUCUUUUCCUCAGCUCUACUGUCAACCUUUUGGUAAUGGUAAAACUCGCAUCAAAUCCAUUCAUCUAUACUCUCCGAAUCAAAGCAAUUCGGUCUUCCGUCGAUCGUUUUCUCAAUAAAGUUCGUCGACGACCGAACGAUGCAAAAAGUUAUUUUAUGACAAGUCAAGUGCAUACGUCUGCAAUUGAGCCAACUGCAAUUUAA